UUUUUCAUUUUGCAUUGACUGUGAGGAUGGAUUCUUCGGGUCGUCCUGUGAUAACUGCUCUGUCGGUUGUCCCAAUCGUGUUUGUGACAAAAUAUCCGGAAAUUGUAGUCCAUGCAAAUCUGGAUAUUAUGGUGAUAUCUGCAACACAAGCUGCCCGUCCAAUUGUAAAGAAGAUAAAUGUAAUCAGACAAGUGGGUUAUGUACAGCGUGUACUCCCGGGUAUUAUGGCAGCAAUUGCAAUCAGACCUGCCUGUUCAAAUGUAAAGACAACCGAUGUUUGCAAAGCAAUGGAGAGUGUGAAGACUGUGAGGAUGGAUUCUUCGGAUCGUCCUGUGAUGUCUGCUCUGUCGGUUGUACCAAUCAUGUCUGUGACAAAGUAUCCGGAAACUGUAGUCCAUGCAGACCUGGAUAUUUAGGUGAUAACUGCAACACAAGCUGCCCGUCCAAUUGCAAAAGGGAUAUAUGUAAUCAGACCAGCGGGUUAUGUACAGAAUGUGCACCCGGUUUUUAUGGCAUUGACUGUAAGCAGAUUUGUCCGGCAAACUGCCGAGACUCACUAUGUUCCAGAAGUAGCGGGGAUUGUUCAGGUAAAAUAAUGCUCGCAAACAGAGUCACUUUUUCUAUUUGCCGAUCAUUUCAUUUUUUUGAUAAUACAAAAAAGGGUACGUUA